CCGUUCCGCGGUGCACCCGCCUCGGGCCCGCCGCCGGACGCGCCCGGAAGAAGGGGAGGCCGGGGGGGGGGGGCCGGAAGUCUGGGGUUCGGGCCACGUCGGCGGCGUUCGCUGCGGCUCGGGAAGUAGCGGCGGGCGCUGACUGACCGCAAUGGCGGACUGGACUCGGGCUCAGAACUCUGGUGCUGUAGAGGAGAUUCUAGACCUGGAGAACAAGCGGAUGGCUGACAGCCUGGCCUCCAAGGUUACCAGGCUUAAAUCGCUGGCCCUGGACAUUGAUAGGGAUGCAGAAGACCAGAACCGGUACCUGGACAAUAUGGAUUCAGAUUUCACAAGUGUGACUGGACUGCUCACGGGGAGCGUGAAGCGGUUCUCCAUGAUGGCACGGUCUGGACGUGACAAUCGGAAGCUUUUGUGUGGCAUGGCUGUGAGCCUGCUUGUAGCCUUCUUCAUCCUCUCCUACCUAUUGUCAAGAGCAAGGACAUGAAACAGUGGAAGCCAAAGCUACCAAGGUCUUUCUCAUCUGGUAUGCUGACCUGAGGAUUCACCUGAAAAAUACUGCUUCGAAAUCACCACCAUGGCUUAGGAAUCUUCUUCCUGUGUGGUGGAGCCUGUGACCUGAUGAGCUCAUUAAGUUGGCUAGUCCCAUGUGGAAGGGCAUUUUCCCGGAAGAAAUCAAGGCCCAGCCCCCAACUGCACACUGGUAUUAGAGAUACUGGCUAGACUGGGGCUACAGUGCCAGACCAUCCAGGUCUUGAGCAGAACAGCUGUGAGUCCUGAAUGUACUCACAUGGCUAGCAACCCUUCUCCCAGCCUUCAGGGUUCUGAAGUCUUAAGGCCCUUCUGUGCUCACUGUUCUUGGAUGAGGAUGUAGCUCUGAUCUGACCGAGGAGCCUCGUACUGCCACAGGAAGGAACAGUGACUGUGACCCCAAUAAAAGCUAGCUCCUUCA